UCAAAGCUAAGAAUUCAAAGGAACGAAUUCAAAAGUCUUAAUCGAAAUUCAGGAAAAAGACGUGAAAAUUAAUUUCGAAAAUUUACAACUCUUAAAUUCGAGCGUUCAGUUGGAAUUUGAUUUCGUCGUCUUCAGAAUGAAUCUAACAUUGUUCGGUGCGAUUGCUUUGUUUGCGUUUGUGUCUGAUACAAGUGCCCAAUUGGGUCCGGCGCCAGCUGAAAUAACGAAUUUAUUUGCACCACCAGCCGCUGCCUCUGGUUGGUUAAUCGGGCAAGAAUCAUCGAAAAAUGCCGUCAACGUUGCGGUGAAUAACGCAAUUUCAAAAGUGAAUGUAACCGAAUUGCCGCCAGAGCUUCAGCAAGAAUUGCAACAGGCAUUAGUUGACGCUGAAUUCGGCUUAGCAUCGUGCGAUGAUUUGCUGUUGUCGCCAUGGAGUAUAUGGCGCUACAAAAUUUGCAAAUUCCAAGAGUUGGCCAAGUUAAAAUUGAAAAUUCAAGAAAUCAAAUUGAAGGCACAAGCAUAUGUCACAUCGACAACAACACCGGCCACCACGUCGACAUUUCAGACUACUGCAACCGCUCAGUCAAGUUCUGUCGCAGCUUAGCCGCUUCAUCACCGAAUUAUUCGAGCAAACACAACGCAAUGUAUUCAUGAUGUUCAAAACGGACCAACGAAAUGUUACCCUCAUAUUUAAGCUACAAUAAUUCAUUCAUGUUCAUGCAUAGAAUAAAAGAAGAAAUAAACGAAUGAUGCAAUAUAAU